AUGCUACAGCAACUUCCUCUCGAAAUAAUCACCCAUAUUGCAAGCUUUAUUCCAUUAGAACAGAUGGCUGAAUUUGCGAGUACUUGUCAAAUGUGCUAUUUUGCUGUAUUGCCUCAUGUAUGGCAUCACUUGUCUAUCCAUAACCUAAGCGAAUUAGACUCAGUAGCUCAGCACCUUCAAUCCAAUCGUGUAUGGGCUCAACGAGUUAUUCAGUUUGUACGAAAAAUAUCGCUUUGUAGUGAUCAAUGUAGAUACUCACCUAAAUUGGCAGCCACUAUGUUUGGCAUGGUGAGCACACCACCAGAAACAAAAGAACAACAAGAGUCCAUGGUUCGAAAGCGACUGUCUACAUUUGGCUGCCAAAUUCUAGCUUUGUUUCCUCACGUGUCUCAUAUCGUCUUUGAUUUUGUACAAGCUAUCAGAUUAUUUGAUAUGGAUACACCCAUCUAUCGUAUUCUUCCGUUUUAUGGCUCUGUGUCUCUUGUGAAUUAUGCAUCGGACCAUACUCUGCUCAUGCAUUAUCUGUUGAGUCCAUUUAGAGAAAUGCGGCAAUUAAAAAUACAAGCUACACCCGUUGUUUCCUUAUGUGAUGACUUGGAUGCAUCUCUACUUACAGAACAAGACAUUCGAGAUAUAGCAUCCUUAAGCUUGACUUGUCUACAAAGACUCGAACUAUCCUAUUUAGAUGCAAAUACACGCAUAGAAACACUACAAGCACUGCUGGAAACAUUGCCCCACUUGGAUUGUCUGCAACUGACAUGGCUCUUUCCUCUUAAAGAUCAACCAUACAAAACUUUAUGUCAAGCAUUCAAAGAAAAACGUUUUGCCUUAACUAUGGAUUCACACCAUAGCCAACUUUGCUUUCGAUUUCAAUAA